CGGAAAAUGGUUUCGUGAAUACGAAUUGAUUUCCUAGUUUUUUCGACACCUUUCUUACAGGAAAUAAUUGCUGUUUGAAAAUGGAACGGACUUAUGAUUCGCGAAAAACGCAAAACGGAGAUUCAGGUGGCCCAACUCCAUCAGACAACACCAAACAACUCCUGUGUUUGUGUAACGACAACAAUCAUUGUGUACGCAACCCUCUCCCGUCGGAUAUAGUUCGAACAGGUGGAUUGAAGAAAGGGAUUGACGUGGACAGACAUUUGGGUCAUUGCGUUACAUCGGUUGAAGGCGGCUGUUACACUGUCAAGGAUAUUGACUUAAAUGCUUUGCGUGAUUUCAACUUUAACAGUAAAGAUCUUGCUAUUAGUGGUUCAUCAUCAUCUUUACUAUCAGAAGAAGAAGUAAAUCAACCAGCGGAAACUCUGCUGCACCCACAAGAAGAUGGAUUGCUUGUGACUAAACCACCAGAAUUCAACGUGGAACGUUUUAUACACGUGCGUUAUGGAUGUUUGUCGUCACAUUCAAAACUUACCCUUUCUUGUAAGGGGCAUUUAGUCAGACAUCUUGUGCCAAAAGCAAUAUCUUGUUGUAAUAACUCCAACUUUUGCAACGCCGAACUCGCUCCAGAAUUCAUGCAUCAUUCUUCAAACUUUGAAGCUUACAAGGCCGCCUUGGUGAAUCAUAAACUGUUCGAUUCCAACCCGAAUGUUGUUCGUCGUCCGAGAAUUAACACGGAGUUGAACAUUGGUCCAAAUCUACUAAGUGGUGGAAAGUUGCUCUAUGAUUCACCAACAUCAAAAAGUGCGGUUAACUCUGAGAAUAAAUUUUCAGACAAGACACAUGCAAUUAAUUUGGUCCUUAUAGUUGCAUUUAGCAUUGUUGUAGCUUUCCUCACCCUUACAAUGUUGGGUGUUUAUUACUGCUAUAAGCAUCGUCUCCAAAAGCGAAAGCUAAGAGUUUUGGAAUCCGUAUUGUGGUACCCUUCACCCCAUAGUCAUUAUGUGGCUGCAAAGUGCAGUCAGUCAUCCUCCAUGAAUACUGGUUUCGUCGGACACAACAAAUAUACACGAACGACUAAGAAUUUUGGUAAAGUACACAAAGCAGUUGACCACAGCGGACCUGGAGGUUGUAGUUUACACACGGCCACGACGAGUUUGACGAGGACGGUCGUCGGUUCUGACGAACUUCAAGGUCCACAGUCCUCAAAAACAAACCGCUUCUGUGCUACACAGUACACUGUGAGCAAGCAAAUAUACUUGGAAAAGUUUAUUGGCCGUGGCAGGUUUUCAGACGUUUGGUUGGGUACUUGGCGUGGCGAGCCAAUUUUGGCGAAAGUGUUCCAUUCCAGCGAUCGCUUAGCACAAAGUGUUUGGCGUCGAACCACAAAUGCGUACCGCUCCAUGCUGUUGAGGCAUCAGAGCGUUCAAGGAUUGAUUGCGGCAGACUGGGUUUGCUACCCACAGGACUCCCAUAAGGCUGCUUUGGAGGCCGCAGCUGUGCAAUCGAUUUUCAAAACCCCCACUUUAUGCGCCAUGCUUAUAGGAGAACUACACCACUGGGGCACACUAAAGGAUUUGAUGAACCAGAAUCAUUGGAUUUCCUAUUCCACCGAUCACAGUAGUGAAGAAAAUGAUGCGUCUGAAAGUGUGCAACGAGUGUACCGACUCGUUCGAAGGGACGGAAGUCGAUCUGGGCCACUUUUGACCGCAACUGAUGAAUUGAUGCUCACAAUUGUUAUGCGUCUGGCAAUGAGCAUAACCCAAGGAUUGUGCUUCUUGCACUCGGAAUUUGCUGGCACCCGCGGUAAACCAGGAUUGGCACACCGAGAUCUCAAACCAUCCAAUAUCUUUGUCAAGUCAGACUGGACAUGUUGUAUAGGUGACAUCGGCUUUUCUAUUCGCGCCGCACCCAAUCCAUUACCCCUACCAUUGGAGGAACUGAAUAACAUGUACUUGCAAUAUGUUUCACGACCUCGACUACAGCUGGUUGUAGGAAACCAAUCUACGAUCCCCAGCAUCAUCCCUUUCGUGUCCGAGGAAAGCAACGUAGGAGUAGUGAUCGAAGAACCCAUUCGUGAACCUGUUCCGUCCGGAAUACCACUUCAACAGCAACCUAACUCUGCUGAAGCUGAGGCACUUCAAAGACGCAGCGCAAAUCUGACGUUGGACAAAGUCGAACUGUUGGACUGGUGGCCCGUCGGAGGUAUCCACAUAAGCACCCCUCGUUAUAUGGCACCCGAGAUACUCAGCAACAGCAUUAGUCCAUUCUGCUUCGAAGCAUAUCAAAGAGCCGAUGUUUACAGCCUGAGUUUGAUUUUGUGGGAAUUAAUUACCUGGGCCAUUCCGCAAAGUCACUGCCCAAAUCCAAGCACAUUCCAGACUGAAAGUAUUGACACUGGUCCUUUGGAAAAAAGCCCGGCAGCGUCACAAAACUAUUUUGGGUUGAGUUCCUCACAGAGUGGAGUCGUUCUGUGUGAAGAUCUGCAGCAGUUAGCCUAUCAGAGAGAAUGGAGGCUACACCGUGACCAUAUGGAUUUUGCCGCCAACACUUUGGAGGACGUCAUUGGCACUCCUACAUCACACUCACAAUCAGAGUUGCCGAAUGCGUCUUCGGAAAGCAUCUUGGACGUGACUGUUUCUACCAAGUCAGCAAAUGAACCGGAUUUACAGUCAAUGUUUUACCUGGUCUGCGAGCAAAACCUGAGACCGCGACUUCCUUCUAUUAUGGAAAAUGAACUGCACAAUGUCUACUUCAAUGUGGAAACGCAUGCGAAAGGCCAGGAGGACCCCGUAACCAGAACACAUUCGGCAUUGAUUCACUCCCUGGCACACUUAUCGUCUCCUACUCCCAUACCAAAUGGUCACACGGAUGUUCCUGUGAAACCCGCGUUUGGUGAGUCUUCUUCUUCUGGCGCUUCCUCGCUCAAAGGCUCACGUAUGUACCCAGACCAGAUGGUUCAGAGUGAUACAAAACCUUCACGUGUGGAAUUGACAGAACUGAACAGAAUGGUCUUACGUCAUUUUGCCGCCCUACUUCCAGAGUGCUGGGCAGCAAAUCCAGACAGUCGUCUGACCGCACUCAGAAUUCGAAAGAAUUUGCAACGAAUAUCCGACCAGCUCGAAGUACGCCGUCCCGGAAAUCGAAACCAUUCGACAACAGCACCAACUCCAAAUGUCACAGUUGCCAGAGGUCAAUAUCGCUGCCAUGUACAAAGCGGUUCCUCGACGAUCACCAAUGCACACUAGCCAUUUCACCCAUGAAACAAUGAACAGUGACCCAUUUGUGAUAACUUCUCUGUAAAGUUCUGAUUGUAGGUAACGAAGUUUUUUGUACUAUUGACCCACUGUAUCAGAUUUCCAUUGGUUUUCACUAAUUAUUUCGGCACGCACUUGCUUAGUUUGUAUGAACACCGAAUUCUGUCAUUCUGCUCAAAAUCGCAUUUAUCCCCAACCGAAUCCCACCCUGUUCGAUGCGUUUACUACGGUCCACCAACCUCCCGUGCUGUGUCAAUUUGUCGCACAUUUUUCCACCCGAACUGUGGAAAUUUCUAUCGUCGGCUUGUUUAUUUCCCUCAUUUGUAUCAUAGCAAGUUUCCAGACAUAAGGAACCUCCUGAAUUUUCUACCCUUUUACAUACACG